UCGAUCUAUUUAAUAAGAAGAGAAUGAAAAGGAGCUAGCCUUGUAUGGCCAUGUCAUGUCUGUAGACCAUAGUCAGAACUCAGAACUGUUAGUAAAAAUGGAGAAUAUUCUUCACCGUUUUCGAUUGCUUCUUCUCCUUCUGUGUUGCUGCAUGAACAGCAUUGCUGCUCUUGACGCCAACACUGAUAGAGAAGCUCUGCUAUCCUUCAAAUCCAUGGUUUCUGACCCUCGAAUUUCUCUUAUUGGGUGGAAUCAGAGUGUCCCUCUGUGUGCCUGGUUUGGUGUCUCUUGCACCACCACCCAAAAGCGAGUCCGCUCACUACUCCUUGUCCGACUCGGGCUUUCCGGUACCAUCCCCCACCAGCUUGCCAACCUCACCUCUCUUGAAAUUCUUGACCUUUCCAGCAAUGAUUUCCAUGGCCCAAUUCCUCAAGAGUUCAGUAGUCUCGCUCGCCUUCAACAUCUCCAUCUCUUUAACAACUCCCUUGCCGGUAGCAUUCCCGUUGCUCUCUCUCGCUGCUCCAACCUUGUAAGCUUAACUCUUCCAUGGAAUCAACUUACCGGUAGCAUCCCCAGCGAAUUUGGUCGUCUCUCUAUGCUCAAAAUUCUCCAACUCUCGAAGAACAACCUAACAGGUACCAUCCCUCCUACACUUGGAAAUCUCUCUUCUCUUACCGUGCUCGGCCUUUCACAAAACGAAUUAGUGGGUAGAAUUCCCAAUGAGUUGGGUCAUCUCAAAAACCUAGUCACUCUUCAGAUCUCUGUGAAUCAACUCACUGGUGAGAUCCCUCAUUCGAUUUUUAACAUCUCCUCUCUGGAGUAUAUCUCUGUAACACAGAAUAGCCUCGUUGGGAAGCUAAUGGUCGACAUGGGUGUUGGCCUUCCGAAUCUAAGGCAACUCUACAUGGGGAUGAACAAGCUUGAAGGACCAAUACCCAGUUCAUUAUCCAAUGCUUCACAAAUUCGAGUCCUCGAUCUUUCUUCAAAUCUAUUUCAAGGAUCAUUUCCUUUACUUGGCGGGCUGAAAAAUCUAGUCUCCUUGAACCUAGGCUAUAACAACCUUACUUCUACCACGGAGCUCAACAUUCAAAUUUUUGAAUCUCUAGCAAAUUGUAUCCAAUUGGAGGAGUUCAUAGUACCUUCUAAUCAACUGGCUGGAGAACUACCCAGUUCUACAGCAAAUCUAUCCUCUCAUCUCCAAGAGUUCUGCGUGGACAGAAAUUUUCUGUCAGGCGGAUUCCCACAAGGGAUAGAGAAGUUUCGCAACCUCACGGUCUUAUCACUCUACAAGAAUUCUUUUAAAGGCGCCUUACCGUCCUCCAUAGGACAGCUUCACAACCUACAAAGGUUUUCUCUUUACCAGAACAUGUUCUCCGGAGUGAUUCCGGAUAGCUUCCGCAAUCUUACUCAACUAUAUCAGCUGUUUAUGGCAAAUAACCAGUUCUCUGGUACAAUUCCCAAAAGUAUAGGGGAUUGCCAGAGUCUACAAGAAUUGGGUCUAGACCGUAACAAACUUAGUGGAAGCAUACCCAAGGAGAUUUUCAGGCCCUCAAACUUAAGGAUCCUGAGCUUGGCUCGAAAUGCUCUAACUGGUUCUCUGCCAACUGAAGUAGAUGGGCUUCAUCAGCUUAUGUUCUUGGACAUCUCUGACAAUCAGCUAUCAGGUGCUAUUCCAGCAACCAUUGAUCAGUGUUCCAAUUUGCAAAAUGUUAGCAUGGCUAGAAACAAAUUCAAUGGCUCAAUCCCAAGAUCAAUUGGCAAAUUGGCGGGGCUAGAGAGCUUGGACCUUUCAUCUAAUAAUCUUUCAGGUCCAUUCCCAGAUGAGUUGGGGAAUCUUAGGGUGUUGCAGAAAUUGAAUCUAUCUUUUAAUGAUUUGGAAGGACAAGUACCAAGAAACGAUUUCUUCAAAAACCUUAGUCGGGUUUUUCUGCAAGGAAAUAGUAAGCUCUGUAUUGUUGAGGAUGAGAUUGCAGGAAAAUUGGGAAUCCAUACUUGCACUAGUACUACAAGAAGAAGGGAAAAGGGAUCUGUUGCACCCAAGAUCAUCAUUCCAAUUGUUAGCAUCGUUACGCUUGGCAUUCUGUUCUACUCAGUAAAGGUAUUGAUAGACCAGAAGAAGAGAGGUAAGGAGAGUAACUCACUUCUCUCCUUCAAAGGGCAGCGGCCUAAGAUAUCCUACUCACAGAUAUUGGCUGCUACAAAUGAUUUCGCUGAGGAGAAUCUGAUAGGGAAAGGUGGAUAUGGUUCUGUUUAUAAAGGAAUCAUCAAUGGAGGUAUAGAAACAGGUGAAGAUGGAAGCCCUACCCUAAUCGCAGUAAAAGUUCUCGACCUGAAACAGAGCAAAGCAGCUCAGAGCUUCACAACAGAAUGUGAAGCGUUAAGGAAUGUUCGGCACCGGAACCUUGUGAAGGUCAUCACCUCAUGCUCAAGCAUUGAUCAUAGAGGAGACGAAUUCAAAGCCUUAGUUAUGGAGUUUAUGUCCAACGGAAGCCUUGACAAGUGGCUGCAUCCAGAGGACACCGAGUCUGGUUUGAGUCUGAACUUGACCCAGAGGCUAAACAUUGCCAUUGAUGUAGCUUCUGCCAUGGAUUAUCUACAUAAUGACUGUGACCCACCUGUUGUUCAUUGUGAUCUGAAACCUAGCAACAUACUUUUAGACGACAACAUGCGCGCUCACGUAGGGGAUUUCGGACUGGCAAGGCUUCUCUCAAAGUGUCCAACUCAAGUGCAGAGCAACACUAUAGGAGUUAAGGGUUCUAUUGGUUACAUCGCUCCAGAAUACGGUAUGGGAGGCAAAGCUUCAAAAAGUGGGGACGUCUACAGUUAUGGGGUCCUACUGUUGGAGAUGUUCACAGGAAAGAAACCCACUGAUGAGAUGUUUAAAGAUGGUAGAUGUCUGAGCCAAUUCGCAUCAGCAGUGUAUGGAAAUGGAAUUUCAGAAAUUGUUGAUUCAAGGCUCUUUGAAGAUGAUAAUGAUUCAGAGCAUAACGGCAGCACCAGCAAUCCUAGCUUUGAUAACAUCACUACCAUUAGAAGUAGCAGCAGCUCUACCAAUAAUUCUCGUAGAAGGGAAGAAUGUCUGGAAGCAGUUGUCAAGGUUGGUUUGUCAUGUACAGCAGUUUUGGCUAAGGAUCGUUUAACCAUGAGAGAAACUCUAACAAAGCUGCUUCAAAACAAACAGACUUUGUUAGAGUCAUGAAAUUGACAACUUUCCUCUGUUUUAUGGAUUUGCAUAUUUGUAUACCAGUUAAACCAGACUUUCUACUUUGAACGAGAGGAACGAAUUAUCUACCAUUU